AUGGAGAAAAAAUCGAUGGAAACCUUCAAAGAAUACGCACAUCGAUGGAGGGAUGCAGCGGCUCAAGUUCAACUACCACUGACAGAAAAAGAGAUAACCGUGCUAUUUGUCAAUACACUGAAGGCCCCGUAUUAUGAUAGAUUGGUGGAAAAUGCCACAAAAAACUUUUCUGACAUGGUAAUCUCAGGAAAGAUGAUAGAGAACGCUAUCAAAAGUGGUAAAAUUGAAGGGUCUGAAAAGAAUACAGUAACUGUAAAGAAGAAAGAGCAGGAAACAUAUGCUGUCACUCACAGAAAUCCCUCACACUAUCUUUUUGUCCCGUAUAAUCCAUAUCCCCCUUACUACCCUGCCACAAACCAAGUUUCUCAACAACCAUACCAUUAUCGAGCACCCCAACAACCAUUACCCAGACCAAGUUUUAGUCUUCAAUCAUCUAAUUACACCUCUUUAAUGAAAGGCCACCUUGUCGUUCCUACUUAUGCAAAAUCGUUGAGACCACCUUACCCAAGUUGGUAUGACCCUAACGUCAAGUGCGAUUAUCAUUAUGGAGUUACAGGACACUCUACUGAAAAUUGCACGACAUUUAAACACAAGGUGCAAGGUUUGAUAAAUGACAGGCUUUUAUCUUUUGAUACUAAAUUCAAGCCGAAUGUCAGUGGAAACCCUUUGUCGGAUCACAUCGAAGGGAAAAUCAAUAUGGUGGGUAAAGAAAAAUGUGAAAAGAUCAAAAGAUGCACAGAUGAAGUGAGGACCCCUUUUGAAAGGAUGUAUGACUGUUUGUAUAAAACGACCAUGAUUCAACUACUAUUUUCGGAUGACAAUGGCAAUCAUGAAGACCCAGACCAUUUUUGUAAAUACCAUGGGAGAACAAUUGGACAUUCGAUUCAAAAUUGUGAGGUCUUUAAGCAAACAUUGCAGAGCUUGAUGGAUAAGGCCAUCAUUGAAUUCUAUGAUGAAUAUGAUGAAAAUAGUGUGAAUACAAUGGGUGACGAGCGUCCUAGCAAGUCUUUUAUCCCUAAACCCCUCACUGUUUACUAUGAUGAAAAAUCAGAGCCCCUAAUUGAGAAAACUAUCUUCUCUCCCAGGACAUCAAUGACCAUUCAUGUCCCUAGUCCAUUCCCUUAUCAGUCCAACAAAGCAGUCUCAUGGCGAUAUGAUUAUGAUGUAGCAAUACGAGGGCCUAAUAUAACCUCGAAUAAUCUAAGCAUAGAGAAUACCGCCAACAUAGCGGGAGUAGGAGGAAUGACCCGAAGUGGUCAAAUUUACACUCCUGAAAUGUCAGAAAGCGUCAGGAAAGGGAAAGACAAGAUAGAAGAAGAAGACACAAGGGAAAACGAAGAUUCCCAACCGGUGCUGAAUAAACUACCAGCUCGUAUUUCUUUACUGUCACUACUACUAAACUCUGAGUCGCAUAGGAAUGCUUUGUUGAAAGUGCUCAACCAAGCUUAUGUCGAGCACAACAUUUCUGUUGAGAAGGUUGAUCAUAUGAUUGGAAAUAUUAUAGCCCCUAAUUUCAUUACCUUUAAUGAUGAUGAAAUACCUCCGGAGGGACGUGGUAGUGUUAAGGCCUUACAUGUUACUGUCAAGUGUAAGUCCCACACUAUGGCUAAAGUGCUGAUUGAUAAUGGAUCGUCUAUUAAUGUUAUACCUUUGACAACAUUGUCAAAGCUUUCAGUGGAUCUUUUUCAUAUGCGAAAUAGCCAUAUGAUUGUAAAAGCAUUUGACGGGCACGGAGAGAGGUAA